GGGCGGGGUGGGCGUGCGCCCGCCCGCACCCCCUUGACGCUGCCCGCCGUCCGGGUAGCCGCGCCGCGCACUGCGGACUGGGAGCCGCUCGGGAGCCGCGAAGAUCUGUUGAGUCCUGACGCCUAGUAACCUCCCCCUCCGAGGGAGAGCCCGGGAAGGUCUCCUUGACAGAUGGAAAACCUGAAGCGACCUCAGGCUAGCUAACCUCCUUCUGUUUUUGGAAAACUAGACUUGCUGGUGAAGUCACUGAGGGGGGGGGGGUGUAAUAGGAUAUUAGCUCACUUGGUCGUGGCCGUGUAUACGGUGUUGCCGCGGCGUUCCGACGCAGCCGAACCAAAAUACACACCAAGUGCUCCCCAGGGUAAAUAUUUCUGCCAGAUGUGAAGCGACCUGGUGGAUUCUUUUCCUUAAACUUUAUUGCGUUAUUUGUGCUGUGAUAGAUAAGAAGCCUGUAGCUUAGUGAAAAGUCCUAGGCAAAUGAAGUCGAGUAACAGUGCGAACUUAAUGGUUAGUAAAGUAGGGAAUGAGUGUCGCCGGAGUUGAAAAAUAGGGCAGUGAAGAAGAAAUAGGUAACUGUGAAGUGGAUCGGGAUUGCCCAGACCUACAAAAUGGGAGAGCUUUUGGGCAGACAAGCCUAGGAGGAAAAACCGGCCUGGAGCAUUUACAAAAUAGAAGGUGUAUUUUGGCACACAAUGUAUGUUUCCGCUUUUAUCUGUCAUCUUUCUGGGUAUGUACUGGAACACCAGGUAGAACGUGCCUCCUUGGAAAGGACUGAUGCCUAACUUUAUCAUGCCCUCACCCAGCUCAGUGCCCAACAAUACAGGCCUACUGGUUGAUUUUCUUUUUAAGUCGAUCACUAGCAACUAUCUUACCUAUAGGAGAGGGAGAUAAUAAAAUGUGCUCAAGUAAAUUAUUUAACUCUGUACAGGGGAACUUAGGAAAUCAGAUUUUGAGAAAACAGUUUUUCUAAAAAGGUUAGUAAGAUGUGACUUUUAAAAAUAAUAUCUGGUUGGGUCAUCAAGGACUUUUCUCUGGACUUCAUUUGCCUUUUGCUCUACUUAAGUGGUAGGAGAGAGAAAAAGGGUUAGAAACCAUUAAAAGGGAAGGGAAAUAAAGCCAAAAUUAAGUCUAAAAAGAAGAUAUUAAAUUAGACACUACCCUCCAACAUAGUCCUAACAUAGCCCUAAAUUAUGUGCAUGAGAUGUGAAAGCUAGUUCUAAAUAUAUUCAUGGAUGUGAAGAUAGUCCUAAGUACAUUUGUGCCCAAAAUACCAUUUUAGGUUUUGGAGAGCCUAAAUGGCUAUAUAAAUCAUUAUCCAUUUUUCUGGUAAUCCGGUGUGCUAAUACCUGGGUAAUGCAGAAACUGAACCUUAGCUAUGACAUGAACUUCACCUGAAUUAGGAAACCAGACGGUUAAUAUUUACUCCAGUCCACCCAGUAAGGUUUUUUUGACUCAUGGUAUUUCAUCAUAACAAAUGACAGAUCUCGAAUUUGUCUUGCCAAUGGGUGUUUGGGGGAGAUUACCAACUCGGAUUGUUUAGCUGACUCACUGAGUUACAUGAUUACUCUUAUUUUCUAGUGAUGACUAAACAAUAAGUAUUAUAGAAAUAAUAGUAAACCUGGAAAGCAUUCAGCAACAACAAAGGCAAUUAUUUGAAGAACCAAAACAAAAAUAUAGAAGCCACUGCCCAUUGAAGACCUGAUUCCACAACCAGAACAUCAUUUGAUACAGCAAAGGAAACUAGUCGGGUAUUGCAAGAGAAUUAACAAGAGGAAAAGAGAGCUUUGUCUUGUCACUGAAACCUUGGCGUGGUUUUUAGAACUUCAGCUAAAAAAAUGGGCAGAAUUUUCCUUGAUCAUAUCGGUGGUACCCGUCUGUUUUCUUGUGCAAACUGUGACACAAUCCUGACCAACCGCUCAGAACUCAUCUCUACUCGGUUCACCGGCGCCACUGGCAGAGCAUUUCUUUUUAACAAGGUAGUUAAUCUACAAUACAGUGAAGUUCAAGACCGGGUCAUGCUCACUGGCCGCCACAUGGUUCGAGAUGUGAGCUGCAAGAACUGCAAUAGCAAACUCGGAUGGAUCUAUGAGUUUGCCACUGAAGACAGCCAGCGCUAUAAGGAAGGCCGUGUGAUCCUGGAACGUGCUCUAGUACGAGAGAGUGAGGGCUUCGAGGAGCAUGUACCAUCAGAUAACUCUUGAAGAAAAAGAGAUAACUCCAUCUUUUCCCAGGUCUCCUUCACUGAAAACAAAAAUCUACUUACAUACACUGUCACCUUAGCAUCAGGGUCGGAUUCAUGAACUGCGGAACAAGAGGUUGUGAGAAUCUAAGAUGGAACCUUUCUUUCUUUCUUUUCUUUUUUUUUUUUUUUUUUAAUUUCCAAUUUUCCAUCCAGCAGCAGUGUGUAGAGAGAGUAUUAUGCAGAUGCCGUUAAUUUUUUUUUUCCCUGUGUUUACAUCUUGAGGCAGAAUAGUCUGUCUGCAGCUACCUGAUGGGCUAUGUGAGGGGAAAAAAAAAUCUGGGCUAUCGGAGUGAAAAAGUGUGUUUUGUGUAAAUUUUGAAAGGAAAAUGUGUCAAGAGCAUGGUUUUUAAACUUACUUGGGCUUCGUUUAAAACAUUCUUUUUUAAACCCAGUUAUUUCACUUGACUUGCUAGCUUCAGGGAAGAGGUCCAGAUUUGCGACCAGCGCUAAAGGUUCAGUGUUAGAUGGCUUGUGCUGGCCGCUGUGCCAUGUUCUUGUCAGAGAUGAACCGUGGCACCAGAGCCCAUCCUUCCUUGUCAGUCUUGACCCAUAGACGUCACCAUUCCUAGUUAUUUGUCACCAUAUAAUCGGUGUUGAUUGGAAACUUUUCCUGAAAUGGGGCAGAACUGCUUGGUUGUCUUUUCCAUGUAACUUAAGCAUAGUAAUAUAAAUAAAGUAAUAGUUGGAUGUUUUUGGUCCUGUGUUGCUUUUAAAAACACCUUUUAAAAGAAAAGUGGAGUAUUUGAUAAGUAAUUUUCAUAAUAGUGUUUCUUUUCCUCUCUUGAGCUAAAUUGACUGUGUAUAAGAGAUUACUUUGUUUAAAUUAAAGCAUACUGUUUAAAUUCAUAGUACCGUGUUUAGAAAAGAGUUGAACAGAAUGCCAGUGUGCGUUCAUGCAGAAAGCCUCUCAUCUGCAUCUGUUUUAAACGAAGGGGAAAUUGAAGGAGGCUAUCUAAAAAUAAUGCUUUGCAAAGCGUUUUCAGCCUCUCAGUUUUGUGUUGAUUUUGACAAGUCUGUAGAACUUAAUAGUUUCAUCAAAGGGCUAGAUCUGUCAUUAGCAUUAUUUUCUCAGAUCUUCCCUCCGAAGUUCGGCUAUUGAAAUUAAAACUGUACUUGGUCCCUUCAGGGAUCAAAUUUGACUCAGGGUGUUAUUUUAGCCCCAAACUUACAACAUUAUGAAAUAUUAAAAUAAAAAUGUUUCUUUCUCCAAUCUAUUUCUAGAUACUCUAGUAUUUGUUUCUGAUGGAAUAAAUGGCAUUAAAAUUGGCUCAUUAUUUAAAUGUAUGAAUGGAUGUUUGAGUGCUCAAUCUCUAGGUCUUUGUCUAGAAAGGAUGUUUGCCUCAACUAGCAAAAUCUUUUUGUCAUUGAUAUUAGAAGUGACUUCUGAGUACAGUUAAGUUUCUCCUCUUUGCCUUUGGCUCUUGGUUAGAGGCACAGGUCUCUGAUUAAGUAGGUGUAUAAUAUUGCAUUUGAGAUAAGUGGACAUGAAUGAGCUUUCCUUUACCAUGGAAUAAAUCUUCAAGCUUUAAGAAACAGCUUUCAUUCCCAUUCAUUUUCCAUACUGGCCUUUGAUGAUAUGCAGAUCCCUGGUAGCAUGCCUUACCUGCAGCACUAUGUGCAUUUGCUGUCACAAUAAAGUAUAUUUUGUCUUGCA